AUGGUGGACACCCAGCCCCGCCCACCCCACGCCUACCUGAACCUGGGCAUGGAGGCAGUCCCACUGGUCCCAGGAGAGGUGGUGGCGACUGCCCACGAUGUGUGCAAGUUUCCAGGGCAGAGGUGACUGAGCUGGUGGGAAGCCCAAGAGUCCUGCGAACUGCGAUCCGGCCACCUGGCACUGCACGCCGCCCCCCCCCCCCAUGAGCUUCUCUCUCCACGGCUUCGAGGUCCGAUCUGGGCUGCGCGCACCACCGCCGCGCUAGGGAGCAGGUGGCGCAACUGGCGACCACGCUGCCCGCGCUGGGGGCGCGCUGGGGGCGCGCUGACGGCGUGUGCGCACGCGCAGUGGGACACCCCCGCGGCGUCCCCAGGGGCCGCGCUGCCCAGCGCGCUGCAGCUGCGCGUCUUCGUGGAGCCGGAGGGCGCCGUGCGCGCCACGCUGGUGGUGCGCGGGCAACACAUGUGCGCCACGUGGGACCAACACGACGGGCGCUGGGCGCUGUUCGCCGACGGACGAUGCAAGCGCGCCGGGGCGCGGGGACUGGGCGCAGGCCAUCCCGUGCCCCCUGGUGGCAUCUCGGCGCGUGAUGCUUUCAGUGGCAACCUCACCGACUUCCACGUCUGGGACCGGGCCCUGAGCUCAGCACAGCUACGCCGGUCGGCUCGGGCCCGUGCGCCGCCCUCCCGCGGCCUGCUCUUCCGCUGGGACCCGAGCGCCCUGGAGGCCACGCCCUCGCUUCCGCCUGCGGUCCAAGUGCGUCUUCGGACUCAGGCUGUCAAUCCUGCCCAGUCGCUGGCCCGACGCCCCGCCCCCAGCUUCCAGACUCCGCCCCUCCUGGUUGGUCGACGCCCCGCCCCGGGCUGCCAGAUAUCCCACCUCUCCUGGAGGCUCAAUGCCCCGCCCCUGGCUGAAAGACCCCGCCCCUGGCUGCUCAUCGCCCCGCCCCCGGCUGCCAGCUAUCCCACCUCUCCUGGCUUCCUAACGCUCCGCCCCCGGCUGGCUGGCUUUGGCCCCGCCCUCUGUCUCACGACCCUUUCCCUACUGCCCUAUCCCAGACACCGGGGACUUGCGUGGGCCACCCCCGGCUGCUCCCUGUUCGCCUUGUACUAGGACUCCACUGAAUGCUUGUGCAACCAUAGCACCAACUUCGCUGUCCGGCUGCAAGUGUAAGAGGUCCAGGGGUGCUUCCUCAUGGCCAGCGAGUGGGAGAAGGCCAGCAAGGCAGCGUGUGUGGCCAUCACAGCUGCCAUGCACCUCCUCUUUUUGGUGGCAUUCUCCUGGAUGCUGGUGGAGGGGCUGCUGCUGAGGAACAAGAUGGUGUGGCACAUGCGCCCAGGGCCCGGGAGGAGGCGCUACUGUGUCAUGGGCUGGGGCAUGCCCGCGAUCAUCGUGGCCCUCACCCUGGCCACGCGCCCCCAGGACUAUGUGGCUGCCGGGCACUGCUGGCUGAACGUGUACACGGACGCCAUCUGGGCCUUCAUGGGACCCCUGCUCUUGGUGCUCACGGUGAGCUGGCAGGUAACAAGCGGGAGGCCAGGCUGGAGGGUAGAGGGGGCUCAGGUGGAGAUCCACAGCAAUGACAUGAGGCCUGUCCUUCGGGGGCCAUACAUCUUCCUGGUCUACGCUGCAGAGGAGGUGUGGAGCGCCCUGCAGAGGAUGAUGGAGAAGGCAGCAGCCGGGCUGCGGCGGGAAGUCCCGGGCUCUGAGGCCCAAGCUGAAGUCCUCUCCUUUCAGACCCCCGGGGUGGAGAGGACUGCUACAACCAUUAUAAGGGACAAUUACUUGAGAUUUGUUGAGUUGGACAAGAUAGAUCAGGAUAAUGGAGAUUUGAAGAUGACUGUGGUCAUUCUCAGCUGUGUGGACUUGGACAAACCCCCAUGCCUCAGUUUCCUUAUCUGUAGUCUGGGGCUGCCACCUAUGGAUGAGUCUUGGAACCAUAUGAGAGACAAGCACCUGCAGAACAAGAAGAUGAAGGAGAACACACAGUAG